AUGUCAGUAGGACCAUUGCUCAAGAAGUCCAGAACGGAAGUAAAGCCCUCUAAGUUCGACAUUGUGUUCUCCGAGAAAGAUUUGAAUGGGAUCCAACAUCCUCACACUGAUGCCUUGAUUGUCACCGUCGGUGUGGCGAACAAAUUUGAUGUAAAACGAGUCCUAAUUGAUCAAGGGAGCGCCAAUGACAUUAUGUAUUAUGACCUUUUCAAAAAGCUGGGUCUUGAUGAGCAACACUUAAUCCCCACAAUCUCCCCUCUAGUCGGCUUCAAUGGACAGACAGAGUGGCCGCUCGGCCGGAUCACCUUGUCCGUCACAGCAAAGUCCAAAGUGGUCCCUAUCGACUUCUUGGUAGUUCGUUUCCCAACAAAGAAUGGGGUGGAUGAGAUCAGGGGUGACCAAGUAGCGGCAAAGCACUGCUUCAUCAUCGCUAUGAAGUCUAAACAAGCAUGCAAGGAAGUCCAAAUGGCCGAACUGCCUGAUCAGCAUGUACUGGAAGACAUUGGUAGAAUACCAACAGAGAAGAUGGUGGAGGAUCUCGAAACGAUCUUGGUGGAUGGAGGAGAUCCAGACAAGUUCUUUCUGGUCGGCACUUCGCUUCUCGCCAAAAAGAAAGAGCAAUUGCUAGCUUUCCUUCGCAAGAAUAUCGAAGUGUUUGCCUGGUCUGCUUAUGAGACCCCUGGGUUGGACCCAACCUUUGCAUGUCACCAACUCAAUGUCCAACCAACAGCUCAGCCCGUGGUCCAAAAGAGCAGACAAUCAUUCGUAGAACAUACGGAAGCGGUCAUUCAAAAGGUAAACAAGCUUCUGGCAGCAAGGGUCAUUCGGGAGGUACAAUAUCCAAAAUGGUUGUCUAACACCGUUGUGGUGAAGAAAAAUAACAAAAAAUGGAGGGUAUGCGUCGACUUCACCAACCUCAACAGAGCUUGUCCUAAGGACAGCUUUCCUCUCCCACGAAUAGACCAACUGGUGGACGUAACAGCUGGACAUGAACGGAUGAGCUUCUUGGAUGCUUACAGUGGUUAUCAUCAAAUCUCUUUGUUUGGCCCUGACCAGGAGAAGACAGCAUUCAUUAGCCUAAGGGGCACCUACUGCUACAAAGUGAUGCCUUUUAGCCUGAAGAACGCCGGUGCGACCUAUCAACGGAUGGUCACUAAAAUGUUCAUGGACCAACUAGGCAAGACUAUGGAGGCCUAUAUAGAUGACAUGGUGGUCAAAAGCAAAUUGGCUGAACAUCAUCUGAGAGACUUGGAGGAAGUGUUCCAAAUCCCGAAGACCCACAAGCUUCGUUUGAACGCCUUAAAAUGUGCAUUCGGGGUAGGUUCAGGGAAGUUCUUGGGAUAUAUGGUGACUAGACAAGGCAUCGAAGUCAAUCCCGACCAGAUCAAAGCCCUCAAAGACAUUGAGGCACCUAGGAAGGCUAGGGAACUCCAAAAGCUCACUGUCCCCAAUGAAGAGCUCUUUGUUUACUUGGCUGUCUCCGAUCACGCUGUGAGUGCAGUCUUGAUUAGAGAGGAAGGGAAGGAACAAAAGCCAGUAUACUAUGUCAGCAAAACCCUUUUGGAUGCCGAAACCAGAUACCUACCUCUAGAGAAGCUGGCAUAUGCCCUGCUGAUAGCCUCCAGGAAGUUUGCUCACCACUUCCAAGGACACACCAUCAAUGUCCUCACAGAGUACCCUCUAAAGUCUGUGUUUAGCCGAGCUGAUUUCUCGGGCCGGACAGCGAAAUGGGCAGUAGAAUUGGGUGAGUUUGACAUUAAAUUCCAGCCACGGAUUGCUAUCAAAGCUCAAGGUUCUGGAGCGGGAGGGGUCCUUAUUUCACCAGAGGGGUUUGUUUGGAAGCAAGCCGUCAGACUGGGAUGGAAGGCUUCCAACAACGAAGCUGAAUACGAGGCUCUGCUAGCUGGUCCAUGCAGUGCUGAACACUUUAAUGCAGAGGAGUUGCUCGUUUAUAGCGACUCCCAACUUGUGGUGAACCAAUUGACUGGAGUAUACGAAACUCGCGAUGACCGGAUGACAUCCUAUGCAGAACAAGCCAAGCACUUGAUUCGCAGGUUUCAAGCUAUCAGGGUUGUGAAAAUUGGCCGUGAUGGAAAUAGCCACGCCGAUGCCUUAGCCUGUCUUGGCUCUUCGGUGGACUCCAAAAAUGGUCGCAAGAUAUGGGUUGAAUUUGUUCCUCAACCGACUGUCGAUACACCCAGCUCGGUCCUCUGUACUGACCUCGGUCCGAGCUGGAUGGACCCACUCCUUGCCUUCUUAAAAAAUGGCGCCCUCCCAGAUGACAAGAAAAAGGCGCAUAAAACAAGGCACCGAGCUGCGCGAUUUUAG